UAGAACGCGCUCUGUAGGUGUCAUUGCUGCUUGUUUUUAUUUUUUUAAUUUUUUUUUUUUUUUGCUUGGAGCGAAUUCUUUACUGGAGCUUUUCUUGGUAUUGGAUUUACUUCGGCAGCUUUGCAAGAAGUAGAACAAAGAUUUCCAGGAUGUCUUCCGUCACUUUGUUGUCUCUUGUUCUGUCUGCAGUUCUGUAUGAAACGGUGUCUGCCUGUACUGUGUGUACGUCUGUUUCAGGAACUGGAACAUGCGCUAAAUACACCAGCUACAUCACUUGUCUAAAGGGGAUGAUAUCAGACACCGGGUGUACUUCUCUUCAUCUGGCUGAAGUCGAUACAGCCCUUGCUGCAGCUGAAACCGCUAUGAAACGGUUGUGUCCAAACUCUUCUGUUGCUGGAAAUGGUACAACUUCUGCUACGACGUCCAUGUUGAUGUUGCUGACACUCCCGUUGUUAACUUACAUUCUAAGUAGAAACUAACAAAAUGUUAUAUUCAGAUAGUAGUGUCCAAGUAAUGUUGUAUGUAAACUUUGUACUGUUAGAGUUUGUUCAACACUGUUGGUUCAUUUCAUCGUUCAAAUAUUCAAUAACAGGAAAAUAUAAAGCAAACAUUUUAUAAUAAUAAUAAUAUAAUUUCAUUGAAUUUAUAGAGCGCUGUGAACAUGCAUAAUAAGGACCCUAUGAGAUUAUUACAUGGCGAAUAAAACAUCACAUAUCUUGAACAUUUGGGGAUUAAUUUCAUCUUUGUAAUAUAGAUAUAUGUAGACCAUUAGUUAGUUCUAUUCCUUUUAAAUCGCACGUGAUUUAUCAGCUGAGUUGUUAUAAUAAUAUUGUUCUGUAAUGUAUUGUAAAGUUAGAUGACGGAUGUAAUUUUUUUUUUACAAUGUUUAGGAGUUUAGUGUUUAGGUCAGUGCUUCCCAAACCUUUUUUCUUUAACGCAACAUUCUUAGAAUUGAGCGAACACUUUGAUUAUUUUUGAGGUUGGAUUAUUUCUUAUUCGUUUAAAUAAAAAAUAAUAAUAAUAUAGCCCUAUACUACAGUUAGCGUUAUUUUUAUUUUUAAAGUUAAAAACUAUAAUAAAAUAGACAUAUUAACUAUAAAAAUUAAGGCUUGAGCACUUGUCCACUAGAGUUAGUAAUAAGCAGAGUUCUACCAUCUGGUGUGUCAAGCCUGUCAUUAUAUCUUGUCUUUUGUUUCAACAAAAUAAGAAAAUGAUGGUUCUCACAAAUACAUUGUAGGUUACUUUUUUUGCUUUAAUCUAGUGUGGAACUCUUCAGACAAAUAAGACCAGAAAUCAUUAAAAGUAGAUCUUGGUAUCCUUGUUUCAAAUUAGAGUCGAACCUAGAUCAGUUCAAAGUUCAUAAUGCUGUUAGUACGGGGAUGUUUUCGAGGCUAAAUAUUGUAGCCAUAUUAUGUGUUUUCGUUGUAUAAUAUAAUAAAUAAUGAUACAUAUC